GUCAAUUCGGAGUGUUGAGGCCGGCCAAACUGCCAAGCUCCGUCAAGCAAGCCCAUGGCAAUGCGCGGUUUCAAUUCGUCUCUGAUUUGAUCAGUCAAAUCCAAAGAUCCCCAGCAUCUUUUACAGGAUCUUCAGGCCCGACGCAUCGCACGAUCGCACAAACAUGACAAGAUCUACUUCGGCGGCUCUUGGCCUCCUGCGCCACUCUAUACUGACACUACGCCCUGCGCAUCCGAGCAAUGCGCUCGAUGUACACACAGUAAGCCGGACCGCAAGUCUCUUGCCUCGUCGUGCGACCACACAAGCUCCCACCGUCUCAUCCGCUCAUAAAGCCGCGCUAUCUCUCACUCGGUCGCGCAGCCGGCAAGCGAGCAUACACAACCCGGCUGUGCUCCGAUGGCUGGCCUCCAGGCGCACUUUGGCGAGCUCUGCGACCAUGCGAGCAGCAGAGGCUCAGCCGGUCUCUUCGUCGUCGGCACCAAAUCGCUCGAGGAGCUCUGUGCUUGAUAUGAUCCUGCUAAGAGGUCGCAACGUCUUUCUGCGUGUCUUCUUCCUCGCAUUUCUCAGUAUCAUCGUCGGAUCGGUCACUCUGACGCUGACCGUUCUUCUGUAUGAUGCCUUUACAUAUUCGAGCAAGCAUGUCGACAACGUGCCCAUCAAUCCCGUCGCGCUCAAUCCGAAGAGGGGAGGACCGAAGAAUCUCAAGAUAGCAGAGGUGCUCGUUGACGAUGAGGAGACAUCAGACAGCAAGUCCCUCAUGACAAAGCCCCGACUUGUCAUCGUUGGUGGCGGCUGGGGCGCCGUCGGAGUGCUCAAAAGUCUCUAUGCGGGCGAUUACCAUGUCGUCUGUAUCUCGCCUGAGAAUUAUAACUGCUUUACGCCCCUUCUGCCAGCUGCAACAGUGGGCACUGUUGAGCCCCGUUCACUCGUCGAGCCCUUGCGUCGAUUGCUUGCUGGCGUCAAUGGUCACUUCAUCCAAGCACACUGCGUUGAUAUAGACAUGUCGGAACGACUGAUCGAGGUCUCGCCCAUCUCGUCCUCCGCUUCUGAGCUUACGUCUGCCAAGACGGGCGAAAGGCCAAGCGGCGACAAAGCAGACAAGGGCGAGAAUUUCUACGUACCCUAUGACAAACUUGUCAUUGCUGUGGGCGCUACGAGUGCGACACAUGGUGUUCCUGGGCUCGAGCAUUGCUUCCAGCUCAAGACCAUCAGCGAUGCGCUCGCGAUCAGGCGACGGUUCAUGGAGAAUCUCGAAGCGGCAAGUCUACCCAGCACGAGCGAAGAGGAACGCAAGCGGUUGCUGUCUGUUUGCGUAGCAGGCGGCGGACCGACCGGCGUCGAAUUCGCUAGCGAGAUCUACGACUGUCUAUCGCAAGACGUGCUCAAAUAUUUCCCAAAGAUACUGAAGCAAGAUGCAUCGGUCCACAUCAUCCAGUCACGCGAUCAUAUCCUCAAUACCUAUGCAGAGAAGAUCAGCGAGUAUGCAGAACAAAAGUUCAACCAAGACGGCAUCAACACGAUCCUAAAUGCCCGCGUCAAAGAGGUCGGACCACAGUCUAUCACAUACACGGUCAAGGGAGCAGAUAAAUCUGCCAAACCUGAGGAGCACACGAUUCCUGCUGGUCUAGUUCUUUGGUCUACAGGCUUGGCAAUGAACCCUUUCACAGUCACAGUAGCGCAGCAUCUGCCCAAUCAGUAUCAUAAGCAUGCCCUCGAAGUCGACAGUCAUCUGCGGGUCAUCGGCGCACCGCUCGGCACAGUGUAUGCGCUCGGAGACGCCUCGACCAUCGAGACUAAUCUGGUCGAUCACCUGCUCGAGUUUGUGGAAAAAUGCGACGGCGACAAUGACGGCAAGAUCAACUAUACAGAGUUCGAGGAAAUGAUCAAGCUCAUCCAACGCAAAUUCCCAACAAGUCAGAUACACAUCAAUAAAGUCAGGAAAGUCUUUGACAAGUAUGAUUCCGACAAAGACGGCGUCAUGGGAUUGAACGACCUACAAACAAUGUUUGCAGAAAUCUCAAGCAAGAUGACUGCCCUGCCUGCAACCGCUCAAGUUGCAGCUCAGCAAGGCAAGUACCUCGGCAAGAAGCUGUCUGCGCUCAGUCGGAAAGCGCACGAUGCCAUGGCUUUGAAUGAUAUCUACGAUGACAUCGAUGAUGUCUACUACAAGCCGUUCAGCUACAAUCAUCUUGGCUCACUGGCUUCGCUCGGUACGAGCGCAGUAUUCGAUUUCAAUGGCUACAGCUUCGCAGGUGGUCUGGUGGCCAUGUAUCUCUGGCGAUCGAUCUAUCUGAGCGAGCAAGUCUCGACGAGAACGAGAAUGCUCUUGAUGCUCGACUGGACCAAGCGAGGUAUCUGGGGUCGCGAUCUCAGCAAGAUUUGAGCCUACUUCUAUCUGAUAGACCCUGGAAUGCGAGACGAUGCAUGUACAACGACAAUGAAACAGACCUAAUCGUGCGAUGAG